GGCUGUGGUACGACUGCAGGUUAUACGACCAAGUCGCCGCGUAUAGUCCACUCCAGUGAAAGGAAAAAUAUUUCAAAACAUUGGAAGUCGUUAAGAAAUGAGAUAAAAUUUUAAUUUGUUAUUUAUUUCGUAAAUUAAAUAUUUAAAAUUUUUGAAUAAGUUAUUCAUAGAAGUAUGGAGAGUUUCGCAUCGCAAUCCGCCUUCGGGCCACACUUUGCGGCUCUAUCCAAUGGGUCCGUCACAGAUAAGGUUACACCCGACAUGGCACAUUUAAUUCAUCCAUACUGGAAUCAAUUUCCAGCUAUGGAUCCCAUUUGGGCUAAAAUUUUAACUUUCUAUAUGAUCUGUAUUGGUUUUAUUUCAUGGUGUGGAAAUGGCGUGGUGCUCUAUAUUUUUUCAACAACAAAAUCCCUACGCACUCCUGCAAACCUUUUGGUUAUCAAUUUGGCAAUAUCCGAUUUUGGUAUUAUGAUUACAAAUACGCCAAUGAUGGGAAUUAAUUUGUACUUCGAGACCUGGGUGCUUGGUCCUAUGAUGUGCGAUAUUUAUGCUGCCUUAGGCUCUGCCUUUGGUUGCAGUUCAAUUUGGUCGAUGACAAUGAUCGCACUUGAUCGUUACCAAGUUAUUGUUAAGGGUGUUGCGGGUCGGCCAAUGACUAUAAAAUUAGCUUUAAUGAAGAUUGCAUUCAUUUGGGCGAUGGGUAGCAUAUGGACUCUAGCCCCUGUGUUUGGCUGGAGUAGGUAAGUAAUAAUACCUAAAUAACAUGUCAAGAAUAU